AUGCCUAAGACCAUUGCACCUAGAAGACACGAGCUGGAUAGCGCUGUAUCCGAGCCCGACAAGCUCAAUGUCGUGCAAAAGAUCGUCGCGCUCACUUGCGGCCAAGAUCAGCAAAUACCAGUGCUCGUACUCACCUUCUCCACAGCCCUUAUGGUCCUUGCGACCUUGUCAUCGCCUUCAGUCUCAGUUCCUGUUGAGCCGCGGGCGAACUUUGAUGCGCCUGCAGGAGGCGACGUCACUAUCCUCAACUAUGCUCUGACACUUGAGUAUCUCGAGCGAAAGUUUUAUCAGCAGGGUCUGGCAAACUACACCGAAACCGACUUCAAGAAGGCUGGGUUUUCCAAGGAUUUCUACAAGAACCUUAAGGAGAUAUACUUUGAUGAGCAGACACACGUCACGUUCCUCGCAGGUGCGCUCGGUAAUGCCUCCAUCAAGGAGCCUUCCUUUGCUUUCCCUAGCAAGGAUGCCAAGUCCUUCGUGCAGCUUGCCUCGGUCCUCGAAGGCGUCGGCGUCUCUGCGUACUUGGGUGCAGCAGCGGCCAUUGCCAACAAGGCGUACCUCACAGCAGCCGGCUCAAUUCUUACAGUCGAGUCGCGCCACUCGUCCUACGUCCGUGCUGCUCUGGACGAAUCACCCUUCCCCAAGCCGUUCGACACCCCGCUCGACUUCAACGCUGUCUACAGCUUGGCUGCUGGCUUUAUCACCGGUUUUGCACCUGGAACUCCCGCGCUACCAUUCAAGGCCUUCCCAUCUUUGACUGUCCAGGCGAGCAAGAAGGGGUACGUUGCGGGCAAGUCGUCCGUGACUUUCACUGGCGCAUAUGCGUCGGCGUGUCAGGCUGGCUUGGUGCAGGGAACGACACCAGUGUAUGCUGUGUUCUACUCAGGCCUGGACACUUAUUACACGCCUGCGGUGAUUGCUCAGAAUGGCAAAGACUAUACAAUUAGUGCUAUUCCAGGCGGAAAUGCCACCGCGGGACUGCUGCCUCCAACUGGUCAGGUCUAUGUGGUGCUUAGCACUGCUGAUGGCACCAAGGUUAAAGUCGCGGACGAAAACACCAUCUCUGGUGUUGGUAUUCUGGAGAUUACAUCCAACCAAUGCAUGAUAGAUGACAUGGACAUUGAUCGAAUCAGGAGGCCGAGAGACGUGGCCUUCGUUCGGGAAAGCGGGUCGUCGGCCGCAAUGGAGAGGGGCUCCUUAAUGAUAUUUGCGGUUUCCGGCGCAGGACCAAGUUUCCGUGUGCAAUCUGGUGUGGCCAAAAUUGCGGUUCUGGGGAAAAGUGGUUCAGACGCCAAGCAGAUGUCAUCCCUUUAUGGUGGGCGCUUGCGGCUCAAGAGGCUAGGAGCUUUUAUCAGCCAAGCAAAGCCAAGCGCCCCAUAUUGUAACAGGACGGUCUCGUCAAGCAACGAUAUCUCAAGUGGAUCUUCUCGCUUGAACGCCACACCUUCGAGUAAUCUGGUACCGCGCCUCCGAAGUCUCCUUGAAAAUCGUGGUUUCAACGAACUGAUCACCGCGGACCGCGAUUCUACAAAUCUCGGCAUGCAUCCGAGCGCAAACCUAGAUGCAGUCAAGCAUAUCGAGCAAGCCUUGUGGAAAUCGGAGCCGACAAUUGUACGGGACCAGCCGAGCCGUGGAAGCGAGCAAAUGGAUUUCAGUAGGACGAAGGAGUUGCCCUUACCCCCUACCCAUGUCAUGAGUUCGCCUCAACUUCGUCUCGGAUUCGCAGCCAAGAUCUAUCAGCCCCCAAGCUGUUUCCAUAUGCGACGACUGCAGUUCACACCAUGA